AUGACAGACAUUCUCAUCGACAAGCUCCGUAACUCUGACGCGGACGAUGACUGGAAAAAGGGUCUUAACAUUCCUGCAAAGGAUACAAGAACUCAGACUGAGGAUGUCACCAAUACUAAAGGUCUCGAAUGGGAGGAUUUUAAUCUGAAGCGUGACCUCCUCAAGGGCAUCUUCGAGGCCGGCUACGAAAAGCCCUCACCGAUUCAGGAGGAGAGCAUACCUAUUGCCCUCGCUGGCCGGGACAUUCUGGCCCGCGCAAAGAACGGCACCGGCAAGACGGCUGCCUUCGUCAUUCCCGCUCUCGAAAAGAUCAACCCAAAAGUCUCCAAGAUCCAAUGUCUAAUUCUGGUCCCCACUCGCGAGCUGGCGAUGCAGACAUCGCAGGUUUGCAAGAUCCUUGGCAAGCACCUCGGCGUCAAUGUUAUGGUCACGACGGGUGGAACAGGGCUUCGUGACGAUAUCGUCCGGUUGCAGGACGCCGUCCAUAUCGUGGUCGGUACCCCUGGGCGUAUCCUUGAUCUGGCUUCGAAGCAGGUUGCCGAUUUGAGCGAGUGCCCCAUGUUCAUCAUGGAUGAGGCCGACAAGCUUCUGUCGCCCGAGUUCACCCCUGUCAUCGAGCAGCUGCUCCAGUUCCAUCCUAAAGACCGUCAGGUCAUGCUCUUCUCCGCCACCUUCCCGAUCUCCGUCAAGGCCUUCUCUGAUAACAACAUGAGGGAUCCCUACGAGAUCAACCUCAUGGAUGAGCUCACCCUCCGCGGUAUUACUCAGUACUAUGCCUACGUUGAAGAGAGGCAAAAGGUGCACUGCCUGAACACCCUCUUCUCCAAACUGCAGAUCAACCAGUCUAUUAUCUUCUGCAACUCCACCAACCGCGUGGAGCUGCUCGCCAAGAAGAUCACCGAGCUGGGCUAUUCCUGCUUCUACAGCCAUGCCAAGAUGCCCCAGGCUGCUCGUAAUCGCGUCUUCCACGAUUUCCGCAACGGCGUCUGCCGCAACCUCGUCUGCUCGGAUCUCCUCACCCGUGGUAUCGAUAUUCAGGCCGUCAACGUUGUCAUCAACUUUGACUUCCCGAAGAACGCGGAAACCUAUCUCCACCGUAUCGGCCGUUCGGGUCGUUACGGCCACCUUGGUCUUGCUAUCAACCUGAUCAACUGGGAUGACAGGUUUAACCUGUACAACAUCGAGCGGGAACUCGGCACCGAAAUUCAUCCUAUUCCUGCGGAGAUUCCGAAGAACCUUUAUGUUUAUGAGAACCCUGAGACCAUCCCGCGACCCAUCUCCACCUUCAAGCCUGUUCCUAUUGGGCAGAAGCAGUUACCGAUGCCGCAGACGUCUCAGCAGCAACAGGUUCCGCAACAACCUCAGCCACAGCAGCCGCAGCAGGCUCAGGAGCAACAGAAGCAAGCUCAGCAGGAGCUUCAGCAACAGCAGGCUCAGCCUGCCGCCCAACAAGGCCAGCCACGCUCUGGCCACCAGAAUGACUGGCACGGCCAAAAUCGCCAGGGCUACCAGCAGAAUCGGAACAUGCACCAGGGCAACCGCGGCGGUUACGGCGGCAGUCACCGUGGCGGACGUGGUCGUGGCGGCUACCAGAACCAGGGCCAACGCCAUCAGAACUAUGGCGCUCCGCAGCAGCGUGGUCCUCGGCAGCAGCAGACGGCAUAA